CCUUCCCGUGUCGAAUCACAAUGCUGGUGGUCCGUAAACUCUCACGUUCUAGAUUUGAGCAGUAUGCUACGUCGUUGCUCUUCUCACUUCUAGUUCCUUAUUCAAAACCCUAUGGCCAAAACUUUAGAAAAUUCUUGCAUCCUUCGACGAAAUUGUUUAGGCAUUUCUCUUCAGCAACUGAACAAAAUUUGCCCCUCUCUCGUGAUGGUAAUUAUGAUGAAGGCACGUCACAAUCUCUUCUUAUCUGCCCCGGUUGUGGGGUUUCUAUGCAGGACUCCAACCCAAAACACCCUGGUUUUUUUAUUAAACCCUCUCAGAAGGAUUUGGCAUAUAGAUUGUAUACUCAUCUUGAACCCGUUGCCCAAGUGCCUGAAUUUUCCAACUCUAUCAAAAUGGGACUCGUUAUUGAGCCUGAAAAGCUUGACGGUGGUGUCCGCUUGCACGCGAAAGCGGACGAGCCGUUGGUCUGUGCACGCUGCCACUCAUUGAGGCACUAUGGAAAGGUAAAGGAUCCGACAGUGGAAAAUUUGCUGCCAGAUUUUGACUUUUAUCAUACGGUGGGAAGGAAGUUGGCUUUGACAACUGGAUCUCGGUCCGUGGUUGUGAUAGUCGUUGAUGCAGCGGAUUUCGAUGGGUCAUUUCCUAGGAAGAUUGCAAAUUUAGUGUCUAAGACAAUUGAUGACAACUCUUCUGCGUGGAAGCAAGGCAAGUCAGGAAAUGUGCCUAGAGUGGUGCUUGUGGUAACGAAAAUUGACUUGCUGCCUAGUCCUUUGUCACCUACAAGAUUGGAGCAUUGGAUUAGGCAAAGAGCAAGAGUGGGUGGAGUGAAUAAGAUUACUAGCAUGCACAUGGUGAGUGCACUGAAAGAUUGGGGUCUGAAGAAUUUUGUGGAUGAUAUUAUUGAUUUGGCUGGACCUAGAGGGAAUGUGUGGGUUGUUGGGGCACAGAACGCGGGAAAGAGUACAUUAAUAAAUUCCAUCGGAAAGCAUGUUGGAAGGAGGAUAACACAUCUGACUGAAGCACCUGUACCAGGAACUACGUUGGGAAUUAUUAGAGUGGAAGGUAUUUUAACAGGUCAGGCAAAACUGUUUGACACACCUGGCCUGUUGCACCCUUUUCAGAUCACACCGAGGUUGACAAGGGAAGAACAGAAGCUUGUGCACAUUGGCAAGGAGUUGAAACCUAGGACAUAUAGAAUCAAGGCUAGUCAAACGGUUCACGUGGCUGGUUUAAUGAGAUUGGAUGUGGAAGAAACAUCCCUCGAUUCUGUUUAUGUCACGGUCUGGGCAUCUUCUUUACUUCCAUUGCACAUGGGUAAAGUAGAAAAUGCAUGUAAAAUAUUGCAGGAUCAUUUUGGGCGCCAGCUACAGCCACCAAUAGGUGAGAAACGAGUUCAAGAGCUGGGGAGUUGGGUGAGAAGAGAAUUCCAUAUCAGUGGGAACAGUUGGGACUCAAGUUCUGUAGACAUUGCGGUUGCUGGCCUUGGCUGGUUUGCCGUUGGACUGAAAGGGGAUGCAGUGGUAGGCGUUUGGACAUAUGAAGGAGUUGGUGUUGUCCUUCGAAAUUCUUUGAUUCCUCAUAAAUCUCAUAAUUUUGAAGAUGCUGGGUUCACAAUCUCCAAAAUUGUCUCCCAGUCUGACCGAGCUUUAAAUAAAAGUGGCACCAACCAAGUAACAGAGGCGUCUGUUUGGGGGAAAGUUGAGUUAUCAUCACGUUUUCAAUAUAGGAAAUGGUAGAUCGGCAAUCAAUUUCCGAGUGCAUGCAGGGAAGAUGGUUUGUUGAGGCAUGGAUCAAAUGCCUACAAAAAUUCUUACCACAAAAGUAUGUCAUCUGGCUGUUUAAUGUUUGUCAUACUCGGAUUGAGGGAAUUAUCUCUCUUUAAGUUUUGCACUGCAAA